GGGUCUACUACAGGCCACCCAACCAGGGGGAAGAGCUGGACCGGGAAUUCUCAGGUCAGCUCACGGAAGCAAUUAAGUCAAGGGACGUGGUCAUCAUGGGUGACCUAAACUACCCGGACAUCUGCUGGGAAGAGCAGUCAGCCAGGUCUGACCACUCACACAGGUUCCUAGCUGAGUUACAGGACCUCCACCUAACCCAGGAGGUGCACAGCCCCACCAGGGGAGACGCCUUGUUGGACCUGGUCCUGGCCACGGGAGACAACCUGGUGAGGGGUCUGCGGGUGCUCGACCACCUGGGCGACAGCGAUCAUCGCCUGCUGGGAUUCACCAUCCAGCGCAGGGUGGCAAAGGCCUGCAGCAAGGCAGCAGCCCUGGACUUCAGGAGGGUGGACUUCAAUGAGGGACGGGGGCAUCCCCCCCUUUGGGAUCCCCGACUGAGCCAGGGGAGGCACAGCCAGGCCCAGGGGCAGAGAGGACCUAAUCAGGGAACUUCUGGAGGGACUGGACGUAUUUAAAUCAGCUGGUCCUGACGAUCUCCACCCCCAGCACUGAGGGAACUAGCCGAGGUCAUUGCGGGACGCCGGCAUGGCUUUACGAGCACUCGUGGUGCUCUGGUGUGGUGCCAGAGGACUGGAAAAGGGCCAAUGUGGUCCCCAUUUUCAAAAAAGGGAGGAAGGAGGACCUAGGAAACUACAGGCCAGUUAGUCUUACCUCGAUCCUGGGUAAGCUUUUUGAGAGAGUUAUCCUGGCGCAUGUCCGCGAGGGGCCGGCAGGGGAGGUUAUGCUGAGGGGCAACCAACACGGGUUCAUUCGAGGCAGGUCCUGUCAGACCGACCUGGCGGCCUUCUAUGACCAGGUCACAAAAUCCUUGGAUGCAGGUGUCGCGGUGGACGUAGUCUUUCUGGACUUUAGGAAGGCCUUAGACACUGUCUCUCACCCCAUUCUCAUUAAAAAGCUAGGGGACUGUGGCGUUGAUGCCUACACAGUCAGAUGGGUCGCUAACUGGCUGGAGGGCUGCACCCAGAGAGCGGUGGUGGACGGGUCAUUUUCGACCUGGAGGGAUGUGGGCAGUGGGGUCCCCCAGGGCUCGGUCCUCAGACCCGCACUGUUCAGCAUCUUCAUCAGUGACUUGGGCAAGGGGGUGAAAACCACCCUGUUCAAAUUUGUGGAUGACACUAAGAUGUGGGUAGAGGUGGGCACGCCAGUGGAGAGGGACAGGCUGAAACUGGAUCUAGACAGGUUAGAGGGGUGGGUGCAUGAGAACAGAAUGGGUUUCAACACUGACAAGUGCAAGGUGCUGCACCUGGGGAGGAAGACCCAGCAGCAGACCUACAGGCUGGGGAACUCCCUUCUCGUCAGUGCAGAGGCAGAAAAAGAUCUUGGAGUCAUUAUUGACUCAAAGAUGAACAUGGGCCGACAGUGUGAGGAUGCGGUCAGGAAGGCCAACCGCACCUUGUCGUGCAUCCACAGAUACAUCUCGAGCAGGUCCAAGGAGGUGAUCCUCCCCCUCUGUGCGACACUGGUCAGGCCGCAGGUGGAGUAUUGCAUCCAGGUCUGGGCGCCGCACUUCAGGAGGGAUGCGGACAGCAUGGAGAGGGUCCAGAGGAGGCCACUCGCAUGAUCAGGGGUCAGCAGGGCAGGCCCCACGAGGACAGGCUAUGGGACCUGAACCUGUUCAGCCUCCACAAGAGAAGGCUGAAGUGGGGUCUAGUGGCCGUCUACAAACUAGUCAGAGGGGACCAGCAGGUAUUGGGGGAGUCCCUGUUCCCCCGAGCACUACCGGGAGUGACUAGAAAUAGCGGUCACAAGCUGGCAGAGGGUCGAUUCAGGCUAGACAUCAGGAGGCGCGACUUCACAGUCAGGGCGGCCAGGACCUGGAACCAACUUCCAAGGGAAGCGGUGCUGGCUCCUACCCUGGGGGUCUUUAAAAGGAGGCUGGAUGAACACCUAGCUGGGGUCGUUUGACCCCAGCACUCUUUCCUGCCACAGCAGGGGUUCGGACUUGAUGAUCUGCUCAGGUCCCUUCCAACCUGAGCAACUAUGAAACUAUGUCGGCCCACAUCCCAGCCUGUGUCAUGGGCUGCAGAGCGGCACAAAGCCAGGCCGGCCUCUGCGGGCAAGGUGCCCAGGAUGCUGUGCCGGGGCUGCCCCUAGCACUGGGCAUGGGGGCGCAGCCUGGCCAUGGUCCCAGGCACUGUUGUGUUGAUCAUGAGACCUCUCUGCAGGGAGUGCCCAGGCAGGGGAAGCCGCCUACGGCCCAGCUGUCCAUCCCAGGGGUGGGGGGACCUGUCACAUGCUGAAUGCAUGAGCCACCAGCCGUGAUGGGGCGAAGCGGGGGCCCAAAGUGUUUACAGCGUCAUGGUCCGCUGAAGACAGCUGUGGGCGGAGCAGAAGAGCAGCUCUGGGCAGGGACAGUGACUCCAGCACUUUUGGAGCCGGCCUGGGCGCUGGUCCCUGCCUAACACCAUGGCUGGUGUCCAGCACAGCCCAGCAGCCCUUGGCAUGGCCCCGGGGGUCGUGGCUAAUCAGUCAGAGUGGAGUCCUUUCCCUGCUGGUCCUAGCAGAGCCGCGGCCGUGAGGGAGGGAUGUCAUGGGGAUUCCCCGCCCGGGGCGAGCGCUGGCCCAGCUGGUGCCUCUGGGGAUGGCGCUGAGAGCAGCACUUUUCAUUUCACGUCACGGGAAGGGUGGGUGCGGGGGAGGACCAGUUCCUGGUUGUCCCCAGCCGGGAGCCCGGUGAGAGCCCCCAGGAUGGAGGAGGAGGUCACCUACGCUGAUCUCCAGAUCCCCCCGCCAGCUGCAACUGCAGCCCUGCAGCACCUCUUCCAGCUGUCCUGGCGUGGGGCUGCCCUCGGCCUGUCCGCUCUGUGCACGCUGUUCCUGCUCUGCCAAGUCCUGCUCAUCAGCCUCAGCCUGCACCUUGUAGGGCAGAUGGGGAGCUGCGGUGAAUGCACCCGGAGCACAGAGGAUGGCCCGGCCGGUGGGCAGGCCCCGGGGAAGCUCCUGGCAGGGCAAUGCCAGUUCUGCCCGGCCGGCUGGCUCUGGGAGGCUGGGAGCUGCUUUUACUUUUCUACAACCAAAAGGACCUGGGAGGGGAGCAGAGAGGACUGCACUGGCCGAGAUGCUCAGCUAGCUGCAGCCCGGCCCGGUGUCAUACUGGCUAACCUGCAACAGGUGGCUAACACCAGUGUCUUCUAUAUCGGGCUGAAAGAAGACAAUCCGCAUUCAGGCUGGAAGUUUCUGGAUGGCUCCAUGCUGGACAGGCAGUGGGUGAAGCGCAAGAGCAGCUCAUACCCUGUCUGUGGCAAGCUGUCAGGCUCUGGGCUGUCGGGCGGCCAGUGCUGGGAGUCCCAACGUUGGAUCUGCGAGCAAAGUGCGGCCGUGCUGCAGUGGGGCCCUGGCAUAGUGCCCCCCACCCUCCACCGGGGCAGCGUGACCUAUGUGUGUGCCGGUCCCCUGUGAGAGCCUGGCUGCAGCCCCAUGCAGGGCACUGGUUCCCUUUUGCAUGCAUCCCAGCCAUGGAGCCCCCCAGGACUCUGCUCUGCCCCAGCAACCCCUACCCCCACCCUCUGGCCUUUAUACGCCAGUCCCUGCCGCCCAAGCCCCCAUGCCCUACCUGGGGGUCCUGCUCCCUUGCUGCCUGCAAACUGCAGCCCCCUGUGCACUGAACCCCCAUGCCUGCUGCCCAACACACCCCCCCUGCCUGGCUGAGCUGCAGGUCCUGGAGACAGACCAGCGAUGGAGACAGUGCCCAAGCCUGCCGGUGUGCAUGUGCUGCUUGGCCAGCCCUGCUGUGACUGGUGGCUGGGGAAGACACCCAGGAGCUGGGGUGAGGCGCAGCAGCAUCCACAGGGUUGUGGUUCCCAUGCAUCUCCUCAAUAAACCAUGAAGCUUU